CAUAGAUGGUGGGGAAGGAAAGAGAGGAGAAAUAGAGCCUCAAAUUGGGUUAUAUAAAUGAAUCACAUUCACCUCAGAUUCUAAGCCUCAACAAAAUCAAGUUGGGAUUCUUGAAUUUGAGGUUUGUAUCACUUCCAUUAUCCAUCCAUUUUCUGCUGAUUAUACAUACACAUCUACAUACAUAUUCUGCAAGCCCUCAACUCCACACACAUUCUCUCUCCCACCCCAGUUACAGAAACUGAUAAAGGUGCGAUCUUUACCAUUUUCAGAUUUGGGGUGUUGAAAUGGCCAGUUGGGUUCUGUCAGGAUGUGGUCUAAAGCCACUUCCAAGAAUCUACCCUAUGCCAAGAACUGUCUCCAGUCCCAACCCCUCAAAGCUGAGAAUUUCAACAGCAGAUUUCUCCAGUGAUUCCAGCUCAUUGUGCAGUGUUGGGAGAGGGAGGAAUUGGGGUUUGAAUGUGAGUGCCCCACUGAGAUUUCAGGAGGUGGGGGAGGAGGAGAAUGAGGAGAGGGAGAGUGAGGUGGUAAAUGGUUUUGGUGGUGGUGAUGGAUUUGACCCUGGUGCACCACCCCCAUUCAAGCUGGCUGAUAUUAGGGCAGCCAUUCCUAAACAUUGUUGGGUCAAGAAUCCAUGGAAGUCCAUGAGCUAUGUUGUGAGAGAUGUUGCUGUGGUUUUUGGAUUGGCUGCUGCUGCUGCCUAUUUGAACAACUGGGCUGUGUGGCCUCUCUACUGGUUUGCUCAGGGAACUAUGUUUUGGGCUCUGUUUGUUCUUGGCCAUGAUUGUGGACAUGGGAGCUUUUCCAAUGAUCCAAAGCUGAAUAGUGUUGCUGGUCACCUGCUUCACUCUUCCAUCCUUGUUCCUUAUCAUGGAUGGAGAAUUAGUCACAGGACACACCAUCAGAACCAUGGACAUGUUGAGAAUGAUGAAUCUUGGCAUCCAUUGUCUGAGAAGAUAUACAAGCAAUUGGAUUUUGUGACCAAGAAGUUGAGGUUCACAUUGCCUUUUCCCAUGUUGGCUUAUCCCAUCUAUCUGUGGAGCAGAAGUCCAGGGAAGAAAGGCUCUCAUUUCCAUCCAGACAGCGAUUUGUUCGUUCCCAACGAGAGGAAAGAUGUCAUUACAUCGACAGUUUGUUGGACAGCAAUGGUUGCAAUUCUCGCAGGGCUAUCUUUCGUUAUGGGUCCUCUUCAGUUGCUCAAACUCUAUGGCAUACCUUACUUCGGAUUCGUGGCGUGGCUUGAUCUAGUUACCUACCUGCAUCACCAUGGCCACGAGGAUAAGCUCCCUUGGUACCGAGGAAAGGAGUGGAGUUACCUGAGAGGGGGGCUCACAACGCUUGAUCGCGACUAUGGAUGGAUAAACAACAUCCACCACGACAUAGGGACACACGUUAUACAUCACCUCUUCCCCCAAAUCCCGCACUACCAUUUGAUAGAAGCAACGGAAGCAGCAAAGCCGGUGCUCGGAAAAUAUUAUAAGGAGCCUCAGAAAUCAGGCCCUCUUCCAUUAUACUUGUUGGGAGUCCUCGCAAAGAGCAUGAAAAAGGAUCAUUAUGUGAGUGACACGGGCGACAUUGUGUACUACCAGACCGAUCCUAAGCUGAACUAAACCUCAACAUGUCCAUCGGUAUAUCUAUAACAAAUCGAUAAAUAUGAGACGUGGAGGCUGCUGGGCUCGGAAUCAGCUCUCGGAACCUCUAAGGGGUUGUCUUCUAGCUGCAGACUCGAUUUUUUCGCCCUCCGGUGGAGAGUUAUAUAGUUAUUACAAGAUUAAAAAAGAUUGAUGUGUAUUUCUAUAAAGAUGUAAUGACUGAUUUCUUGAUGCUAUUGUAGUAGUGAUAUGUUUACAUGUAAACUAGUGUUUGACAUAUGAAUACUAUGAAAUAAUUAUAUUCA